CGUGUGGCUGUGACGCGCUGUGGGGACGCCGGCGCGCGCCGCCGUUGCUUUCGCCGCUCACAGUGUCAGUGUCAUUUAUCAGCAGUUAAUCAGCUGAGCACGUGCGUUAGCCGCGCGGCUCGCUGUUACGGUGGCACCGUUGGGAAGAUGGAGUAAUGCCCGUGUAUGUAUUCAACAAGAAAUGCAACCAAACAAUCCUUCCUGUGGGUGGUAUGAUGACGACAAGUCUCCAAGCCAUUGUGAAGAUGGAAGGAAGAGGAAGACGCCAGUGUAAACCCAAAACUCACGGUCAUAGCCUGAUACUGUAGCCUUCCUGUUUUUCAUUCUUCAGAUGAAUAACAGCUUCUUGCAUACCAUAGGUUUGCCCGGUGCCUACUUGCGGAUCAUUUGUUUAUUUUUGUGAUUUGUCUCUGAGUUGUAGAGGUGAGCGGUGGCGGAAGAGGAUGGUCAUGUUGUGUGGGAGAAAACAGGCACAGACAUCGGAAUGCCACAGGCCGCCUCACUGCUGCCCUUUCUGCUGGUGCUCAUGGGAUACGCUUUUGCAGGGCUCAAUAUAUGGCCCUCCUUCCACAUUGCACUUAGCAAUGCCAGCGUAUUCGUGGACUUCAGCACAGAAUCCAAUAUCAGCACGGUCCGCAACAGAAGCCUGUCUCUGGUCAACAUGGAAACCAACACCACCCUCCUGAUCAGGACUGUGCCUAACAACCAGCUGAGCGGUAGGGUGGAGUUCAGCUGUUCCUGCUUCCUGUACGCAGGAACUUUCCGGUUCCUGCUGAGGCAGAGCAGCACCGCUGCCGUCUCCCAUGCGAAUGGGACAGAUAAAAGCAGCGUAGAGCGCACGUCCUGGUGGUGGAGUUCAGAACUGCAGGUGCAGUGGCCCACCUUUCACAUCGCCGUGGAAAGAGCAGGAAAUCACUCAGGAUCUUUUCAGGUUGGGAUUUCCACUAAUGAACACUUCCAGGCUUGUUCCGGCAGGCCUGAGCCCGAUCUCUUCCUGGAAGUCAACUACAUGGAAUACAACCAAAUUGGGAGAAAUAGCAUUGACAAAGUCCGGGUCCGCACGCGCCGCCCCAUCAAACCCGUCCGUUCUCAGAGUAUCGAGCUGUCCUGCGCCUUCCCCUUCACAGACAAAGACUUCAUACGAGUUUCUCUACAGUCUCCUCACACACAACAGGAAGUCAAGAGCUCCGGGCCUCUUUACCUGUCGCGCAUCUUCUCUUAUAAGCUCCUGGUGGAAAAUGCCAACGCCUAUAAGACUGGUUGUGUAGGCACUAUGACUGUUAAACUGAUGGCCCCUCCAUGUGCUCACGUGAAUGGUAAAGUCCUGCUGUACAAGGAUGCAGGUGAUGGGAAAGGGCUCGGCGCUUCCUCUGCAGCAGGAGCAGGUGGAACGCCACCGCUGGGCACCGGCCCAGAGGAGCCGUCCUCUCCACCGCUCGCCUUCAACUGGAUGACCCCGGGAGAGAACGACACAGAGUUCAACUGCUCUGUGUUUUACCCAGGAAGGAACAAGUACUGCUUUCGUUUUGUUUUUAACUACAGUCGCUCCCCUAGUCCAGCACAAACCUGCUUGGUGGUUCACAGGACUGCAGAGGCAUGGGGUCCCUGGCAGCCAUGGAGCUUGUGCAGCGUGAGCUGUGGAGAGGGGAUCAGGGAGAGGGUGCGUGGAUGUCUGCUGCCCUCUGGUGUUGGGGGGAAGCACUGCACUGGCAUGGUGAAGGAGCAGUCCCUCUGCUCUCUGGAGGACUGUGUCGUGUCACCCACUCCUUCCCCACCUUUGCCCUCUGUACCCGUCAGAGCAGCACCGCUUGGCGGCAACAUGAUCGUGGUGGCUGGCAUCUCGCUUUGCCUGGCUGUGAUUCUGUCCACCAUUGUGGUGACUGUGUGGAGAAAGCUCUGCUACACGCCUCAGUGCAGCUCCGUCCACCGGGGCUCCAUACAUUCCCCUGGAGGGCGCAAGCUUUCUGACGAGGCCUCCAUUUGUGGGCAAAGCCUACAGAGGCCCAGCCUUUCGGAGACGCACGGCCCAGCAGGGGGCGCGUGCACUGACGGACCCCCACUGGGCAGCCAGCCUCUUUCACAGACGCUGGUGACGCCCCUUUCACACGACCCAGAAAGGCUUUCACCCACAGGUCAGAAGAUGGUUCCACCAAUAUUUGGAUACAGGUUGGCCCAGCAGCAGUUAAAAGAGAUGAAGAAGAAGGGCUUAAAGGAGGCGACACAGCUGUACCAUGUCUCUUCCAGUCCAGUCCAUGACACCUUGGUAGAGUCCUCCAUUUCACAGGCCAGCUCCUCUGGUCCUUCGCCAAUCGGAUACGUUCAUUCUGCCAUGCCACUGGACCCCCAGGAAGAUAGCAGCCAAAACCAUUUCCGUAUCACGACUCCCUUUCCUGAGCCCCAGCCUUCCAGAGUCACACCAAUCAGACUGAGUCCCAGAGUGGAGCUGGUUUUGGGUCCCGCCACCUCUGCCCAUGCAAGUGCGAGGAGCUCGAAAUGGCAUGACCGUACCGCUGACUGGGUGGAGAUGGUAGAGAGAAGCCGGAUAGCAGGUCUCAGAGGAGGAGAUGCAGGACUGAGCGACUCUUCUCAGAAAAACCCACAUUUCCGUCGGACCUCCAGCUUUAACGACACCAAACCACAACUUCGAACUUCACAGUUCAGAGAUAGAAGCAUGACCCAGGUGGGAUUUCGGACUCUUCCUGAAGGAAGUUGUUGGACCAAGGGAGGAUGGGAGAGGCAGCCAUCGCGUUCCUAUCCUAUUCCAGAGCACGUGGCCUCAGAGUCCAGAUCGCACAAUUUUGACCAAAGGAGACCCUGGAGAGACACAACGACAAAUCAAAACACUGAACUCAAACACACAGGAUCCAACACCAAAGGCACGUCGGCAUCUGAGAGACAUGCAAAUGCAGAACCCAGUGGCACUGGGGAAAGACAAAGAAGUGAUAAGCCAAGAGCUAGAGAAGGUGAAGGGGUGUCAGGAAUUGGGGGGCCAGGAACUGGGCACCUCAGUUCCAAUGACCUACAGCAACUGAGCGUGGAUCGGGCUGAGCGGGCUGAGCAGAACUGGAACCGACGCGGCCCGUCACCUAUCCAGAGGAACAUUCUGGCUCGGAAAUUAAAGGAGGCCCAGUCUCGCCCUGGGGUCAAAGGUCGGCAGCGCAGCUCCACCUUCAGCGCGUCGUCCUCGGAGAGGAGGAAGGAGCGCUGCCGCUCUCUGCCGAUGUCUGGAGGGUACAGCACAAGCGGUGGCUCAACCUACACGCUGAGCGAGGCAGAGCAGAGGAUGUUGGACUUAGAUUUGUCCUCAUCAUAUGUUGAGGAGGAAGAGUAGCUUACGCAGAGGUGCAAAACUACCUGGGAGAGACAUUACCAUCUAUAUGUAUUUUUAUUCAACCCUCUGCUGCAUUUAUAAGUUCACCUACAACAAAGACUUUAUUCUAAAGUUAUGGGAUGCGUAUAUAUUAGAAUCAAAUUAAACAAUAUAUUUAAGUUUGUAUUUAAACAAGUGUUGCUUCAUUUUAUAUUUGUGUGUUCUAAGGUUCAUUCUCUUUGACUUUUUUUGUUGACAAAGCAUUAGAACAACAUAUAACCACAAGUCAUAUAUAACAUGAAAUAUGAGCUUAUGCCUGAACGGACGUCACGUGAUUCGGUUUGUUUAUGUUGCCGAACAAGUGGAGAACAAUGGCGAUUUGUGCAGAACACAAUGAACGAUAUAUUGCAGAUCUGACAGUAAACUUUUUGGAUUCUUACAAUGUCCCUGGAAGGAUUUUCACAAUUUUUAAAGCAAGAACGGGCAGAGUUAUGGACCUGUAGCUCCAGCUUGUGCCUCUGUCACCUUGCACUGGAGUCAGAGAGACGGUAAACUCAAAACAAAUCAAUUCAUGCAAACGCUUUCCACCAGAUACGGUACUGUAAGUAAUAAUUAAUGCGAGUGGGACUAGUACAUAUGUGUGCAAGGCUUCAGCAGUAACGCGAAUUAUGUCACUACCUCGUUUUUCAUGUCAUUUAGGAUGAAUAUCAUCCCUGCACAGAUUUUUUUUCAUGAUAAAGACAAAAAAUAUGCAAAGUCAGUGACAGUUAUUGACAACAUAAACAAAACUGAGUGUAUAAACAAGCAACGAGACAAUACAUAUACAACUUAAUAUACAAGAAGAAUAAAGUUAUAAAAAUAAUCAACACAAAAUUACAGUUAAAGUUGAAAUAUUGAGAUUAUCAAUCUUUUGCUGGCUAUAAAGUGGUGUAGAUUGAAGCAGUUAACUGUCUGUUGGAGCUGAAAAGGGGCUAUUGCAUGGCCUGUUACUUUUGCUAAUAAGUAAUACAUUAAAAAGGAAACACAAUGGAGUUCUGCAAAAUGAUCCUUAAAACAAAGCAUUUACACUGCACUGCAGAGACAGGUAAGGGACUUAAUUUUCUACUUU